UGCCAACACUGAUGUUGCUGUCUUUGAUGAUGAUGAUGAUGAUGAUGAGGAUGAUGAUGAUGAUGAUGAGGAUGAUGAUGAUGAUGAUGAGGAUGAUGAUGAUGAUGAUGAGGAUGAUGAUGAUGAUGAUGAUGAUGAAUACUUUGAACAGCAAUUAUCGUUGCCAAUAGCUGCCACUCAUCUGAAGCCCACCGUCAACGUAGAAAUCUGGGCGAUUAACGUGGAAGCCCCUGCAACAAUGAACGAGGCCGCGCUACCAGAUGAUGAUGACAUACUCAAUAAUUGUGGCCCAAUCGACAUACCUUUGCCUCCGGAGCCGGUCCAAGCUCUGGAUGCGACAGGACCUCGUCUGAUGAUAACCAAAAUUGAAAGCGAAAAUUUCAAAUCAUAUGGCGGGAAUCGGACGUUAGGUCCGUUUCACAAGAACUUCACGUGUGUAGUUGGACCGAAUGGAAGUGGCAAAAGCAAUGUGAUCGACUCCAUGCUGUUUGUUUUCGGAUAUCGUUCAAGCAAAGUUCGUUCCAAGAAACUCAGCCAGCUGAUACACAACAGUGAACUGGUUUCGAAUCCAAACAGUUGCAUGGUGUCGGUCUACUUUCAAAAGAUUAUAGACCAUGGACCCGGUGUUACGGAGUACGAAGUAGUACCCAAUACAGAAUUCGUCAUAUCGCGGCGGGCCUAUCGUGACAAUUCUAGUACUUAUUGGAUAAACAACACACGAGCGGUGUAUAAAGACGUGACCAAUUUGCUGCGUAAACAUGGAGUCGAUCUUGACCACAAUAGAUUCCUCAUCCUCCAGGGCGAGGUGGAACAAAUUGCAAUGAUGAAGCCGAAGGCUCCCAGUGAACACGAGGAUGGAUUCCUGGAAUAUUUGGAGGACAUCAUUGGAUCGAGUCGCUUCAAGGAGCCACUGUCCAUCUACGGGGAUCGUAUCGAACGUUUAAACGAUUUGCGCCUGGAGAAACUAACCCGAGUCAAAGCGGUGGAGAAAGAAAAGGAUGAAUUGGAAGGAGUACGAAACGAGGCGGUAGGCUAUCUACGACUGGUGAAUCAAGUGGCUCGUAUGAAAAAUAUCUUGUACCAACAAAGCAUGGCCAAGGAACGUGCGAUCGAGGAGGAGACGAAAGUCAAGCUCGAAACUGCACAGGCUGAACUCCGGAAACUGACCGGGGACAUCAAAGAAAAGUCCAGGGAACUUGCCAAAACUGAGGCCGAUCGCGAUCAGCUGGUCGAACGUCACACCGAACUGCUGCAACGCCAUCGUGACACCAAAGCCAAAUUCUCCGAAUUCGAAGCCGAAGAUAGUCGUUUGAGAGAUGAACACGCACACAUUAAGGCCAACGGACGAAAGCUUUCCAAAGCCUUGCAGGCUGAGACCAACAAGCUGGAGGAAUUGCAACGUUUGCCCGGUGAGGCAGACUCACGAAAACAGGCUAUUUUGAAGCAGUUAAAGGAACUGGAAGAAACCAAGAAGCAACACGAGCUCGCCUACCAGGAAACCGUCGAUAACUUGGCCAAGGAAACCGCUCCACUUCGGAUAAAAGUCGAGACUGCAGAGGCGGCACUGGCCCCCCUUCAGGCUGAGGCGGACGAAUUGUCCAGUAAACUCACACUCGAACGUGAGCAGUUUGAUUUGGUCAUGGCCGGUCGACGUAGAGAACAAGAGCGAGCUGACACAGCACGUAAACGAGCGGAAGAAGCGAAACAAAAACUGGCUGAUCGUGAAGCCGAAUUGUCCGAAGCAACCCGACAGUUGACCACCGCUCCCAAUCCUAGUCGCCGUCAGUCAAGUCAGUCGUGUGGGAAUUUGGUGACGGGUCUGAAUUCAGCCUUACGAGAUUUGAACGAAGUGAAGAUGAAAGAGGCGCAAUUGACAAAGGAAUUGCAUGAGCUGCGGACCAAGUUGGCCGAAUCGAAGUCAACGUUACAGGCGGACACCUCCCGUGGACGUGUUCGAACCGCUUUACUCGAUGCCAAACGUUCUGGUACACUGCCUGGCAUUAUCGGCCGCCUCGGUGACUUGGCUGCAAUACCCCAGAAAUAUGAUGUGGCCAUUUCCACUGCAUGCUCAGCUUUGGAUCACAUCGUCACCGACACCAUGGAUACGGCGCAGCAGGCCGUGACAUUCCUGAAACAAAACAACCUCGGUUUGGCCACGUUUAUCGUUUCGUUACUGAGGCCUGUUUAUCUCAAAUCCUUUUGCACAAGGUUUUGCUUUUCCGACCUUUUACCAACAUCCUCAUGGCGCGGAUCUCUCCCUCCCCUCCCAACAACAGCAUUAGACAAAAUUAAAAAGUGGGAGAAUAAAGCGAACGCGGUAUUCGUGACGCCCAAAGGAAACUUUGUCGCUGAGCGUCUCUACGACUUGGUGGAAACAGUCAACGAUUCUAUUCGACCGGCCUUGUAUUUUGCACUUCGGGACACCCUGGUUACUGACAACAUGGAUGCCGCGGUUCAACUCGCUUUCAAGCAACGGCAACGAUAUCGUGUAGUCACGCUUCAGGGCCAACUUAUCGAAACCUCCGGUGCCAUGUCCGGUGGUGGUGGACGUCCUUUGUCAGGACGUAUGUUUACCAGUCUUGAGCAGGUUCGUGAGUUCAGCGGAGCUGUGUCUGCACACUGCGGGCGCAAAUCUCUGGGGAAGGAUGACGCGCCCGAUUUAGCAUCCCUGGAGGAACAGCUUUCCCAAGGAGACGCAGAUUUGGCCAGAUUUCGUGAGAAUCGCUCACGGUUGGAGGAGGUGGUGACUCGACUGACCCGACAAAAAGAGGAAGCAGAACGAACUGUCAAGCGAUGUGAGACUGAGUGCGUUCGCCUGCUUGCGGAUGUUGCAGCCCUCACCGCGGAGGCCGAGCGUUCGCAGCAGCGUGCCCGCUCUACCGGUCCAUCUGACGCAGAACAGAAGCGGUUCGAAGCCGAAUUGUCUAAACUGGAAAAAACCGUCAAACAGAAGGUCGACCUAGCUUCGAAAAAGCGCAUGGAGGCCGAAUCGCUGAAAGCCCAACUGCUGGAUGUAGGGUCGGCCCGUUUGACCGCGGUUCGCAGUCGUUUAGACGCCAUUGAGAAAAAGACAAAAGAGACCAACGAUCAGUUGACCAAGCUCCAAGUUGGCGUCAAAACAGCUGCGAGGAACUUUGAAAAAUCCAAAUCAAAAGUUGCCAGCAUCGAAGCAGAAUUAGAAGCGGCGAAACAGAAACUCACGGAUGUGGAUGCCAAACUGAAGGAUUUAGAGGAGGAAGCCCGGACCUGCAUGGAUGAGUUCAAGAAGAUCCAAGCAGACGUGGAACAACUCCAGAAGUGUAAAGAAGAGGCUCAAAGCCGUUUGGCCGAGAUCGAAGCCUCUUUGGCUGAGCUACAAAAGUCCGAAUCCUCCGCGCGCCGUGCCGUUGCCCAGCUCGAGUCCGAAUUGAACCAGGCUUCCUCGAAAGCUCGUCACUGGCAGCGAGAAAUAAGGAGCCUUCGAUUGCAUCGUAUAGAUGACCUCUCUGAUGACGAGGAUACUGUUACAGAGACCCAGACCACCGUAAUUGACGCGGCGUCGGAUUCGCAGUCGUCUCAACCCGUACCCGAAGGCGUCCCGCUUAACGAAACCUCAAUUAACGCGUCACCAGUUGCCGAAAAACGACAAAAGUCCACCGUCCUACCUACUUAUACUCUCGAUCAGCUUAACGAACUCUCUGUUGAUUGCCAAGAACUCCGGGGAUUGGAAGAAAGAAUCGCUGGUCUUGCCCCAAAUAUGGCCGCCAUCGAGGAGUUUCGUCGCAAAGCUGAAAUCUAUCUGACUCGUGUGGGCGAAUUAAAUCACGUGACAGCUCUGUUGGGUGAACAACGAAAGUUGAUGGAAGAUGCAAAAGCUAAACGCCUUUCCGAAUUCCUGGAUGGUUUUCAUGCGAUCACGGCCAAAUUGAAAGAAAUGUAUCAGAUGAUUACUCAAGGGGGCGAUGCGGAACUUGAACUCAUCGAUUCCCUCGAUCCAUUCUCCGAAGGAAUUGUGUUCAGCGUUCGACCUCCGAAAAAGUCUUGGAAAAACAUAGCCAAUUUGUCGGGUGGUGAAAAGACCCUAUCCAGCCUUGCACUGGUCUUCGCCUUGCACCACUACAAACCUACCCCACUGUAUGUGAUGGAUGAAAUAGACGCUGCGUUGGAUUUCAAAAAUGUCUCCAUAGUAGGGAAUUAUCUGAAAGAGCGAACCAAAAACGCACAGUUUGUUGUCAUUUCCCUGCGGAACAACAUGUUUGAAUUAGCUGAUCAACUUGUGGGGAUCUACAAGACGCAUAACAUCACCAAGACCAUCACUCUUUUCCCCGGUCCUCUUUGCGAUCAACUCAGCAAAGUGGUAGUCCGUGUAGCAACAGCGCACGGUCGCGAAAAGGAUUUGGAGCAGAUGGAACAGCGGCAGCAAUUGACCAGCGCGCCUUUGGCUGUUGGUGUUCGAUUGGUGGGUAAUCAGCCAAUGGUGGAUGCGCUGCAACCAAUCCCAUUCUCCCAGACUUUAUCAAACGGUGUCAUGGAUGGAAUUACAACAGAGCAACCAAUAGAGAUUGAAUGA